GAGGACGAUGCCAGAAAAUGUUCAGUAUGUACGUGGCCCUCGGCUCAUCUGCUCCAGUCCAGUGUGGCGACGGUGAAAGCAGAGCCGAAUCCUCUCUUAUUAAUAUUAAAAACACUAAUAUGUUUUGCUUGCUUCAUUCAAUCAUUUAUGAUUUUUUGCAGUUACGCUUUCUUUCGGAUAAGCUUAACACGUCCGCAGUUUUAAAAGCAUAUACCGCAUACGCUGGUGUUUUUUUUUUUUUUUAACCCACGUUAUUGCGCAAACUAAAGGAAAACGGAGCGAUUUAUGACGCUCGAGCUCGCGCCGCGCAAUGGCGCCCUGACGAGCUCUCGCUGCCGCGCUUCCGAACCUCGCGCUUUACGGCGUUUCACGGCACUUUUAACAUGGAGGAGUCGGACACGAGCGCCAUUCUCCCGCAAGAUUUCCUCGCCGGUCCGUCGGACUCGGGUUCCAGCCUCGAGAAUGUCUGCGAGACGCCCGCGGCGGUGGAGAAGGACGCGCAGACGCGGAGCCGCACAGCCACCGGGCGCCCGCCGCUCUCCUGCCCGCUCGGCGUCACCGUGGAGCCCGCUAUCUUCCUCUCCAUGUUCUCGGUGGCGCUGCAGAGGCCGCUCUACACGCAGUACCUGUGGGAGCGCAUCAGCGCCGACCUCGGAUACAACGGCACUCGAGACCGGGGAUGCGGCGGCUCUACUAGGCCGCCCGACGCGGCGGAACAGGAGGUGGAGUCCCUGACCGCCCACUGGAAUCUGUACAUUAACCUGGGCGGCUUUGCAGUGGGUCUCCUGGUGGUGACCCUGCUGGGCUCCUGGAGUGACCGUGUGGGCAGGAGGCCUGUGCUGAUCAUCCCCAACUUGGGCCUGGCCAUUCAGGGCCUGGUCUACCUGCUGGUGAUGUACCUGCAUCUCCCCGUCGCCUGGUUCCUCCUGGGGCGGCUGCUGAGCGGCCUCACGGGGGACUUCAACGCCAUCAUCGCCGGCUGCUUCGCCUACGUGGCGGACAUCAGCAGCAGAGGUUCGCGAACCUUCCGCGUGGCGGUGCUGGAGGCCAGUCUGGGCGUGGCGGGAAUGAUGGCGAGCAUCAUCGGGGGCCAGUGGCGCCAGGCUCAGGGGUACAUCAACCCCUUUUGGCUGGCUGUUGCCACCAACCUGGCUGCAGCCCUGUACGUGUACCUUUUCGUCCCGGAGUCAAGGACCCCUGACCCGGGAGGGGCGCGGAUCUUCACCCGUGAGCACCACCGCGCGGUGGUUCGCCUCUACUGCAGCCAGUCUAGCGGGGUGCGGCGACGGGCAUCGCUGUGGCUCUACCUGUUCUGCUUCUUCCUGGUGGUGACGGUGCACUUUGGCUCCAAAGACCUGUACGUGCUGUACGAGUUGAGCUCGCCGCUCUGCUGGGGGCCCGAACUCAUCGGCUGGGGCUCCGCCGCACUGCACCUGGCCUACCUGAGCAGCCUGCUGGGCCUCCGCACCAUGCAGCUGUGCCUAGCCGACUCCUGGGUGGCCUUGGCGGGGCUGGCCUCCAACAUAGCCGGCCUGGUGGUUUUCUCAGUGGCCAACACCACUGCGCUCAUGUUCACAGGUUACGCCCUGUGCUUCCUCUACCUGACUUGCACACCGGUCCUGCGUUCCAAGAUGUCAAAGCUGGUCGAUGUUUCAGAACAAGGUGCUCUCUUCGCCUCUGUGGCUUGCGUGGAGGGUCUCUGUUCCUUCGUCUCCAGCGGGGUCUUCAGCUCCCUCUACCCAGCCACCCUGCCCAUCAUGAAAGGGCUGCCGUUCCUGGUGGCCGCCGCCGUCCUCUUCGUCCCAGCGGCUAUAAUCGGGGUCCUCCAGUGUCAGGGACAGGAUCUGGAUGACAGGGACAACAGAGAGACGUCCUGACACCACCUCAGCAGGGCGAAGGUCCACAGUGUCCCUACUUGCUGCUGUUACCAGUUCAUAGCACCAGUGAAGGAGUUUGAACUUUUCCCAUGCUGGAUCUGUCAGAGGAGACAGUGGGGAAAUGGAAAUGCAUACAAGUACUUUGGAUAUGUCAUCAUGCGCACAUUCAGCCGACUUUACAUGGAAGCCUUGCUUCAAAUGCCGGAGCCUUUCGGGGAAUUUUACUUUCAUUCAUCUCAUGAGGGAACUGACUCUGAAAACCAUGGCUACCUCUACCUGCAACUGAAGAACUUAAUAUAACAAGUUCUAAAGUUAACAUGAUGAAUUUUAUUCAGAAAUUGAUUUUUUUAAAUCAUUUUAGAGAUCCAGUUUCAAUAGUAAUUACUGCUAUCAUCAGCAAUAAAUGUAGUAAAAUGGAUUAGGGAAAGUUUCAUAUUUGUAACUGGAGGCUUUUUUUAAAUAGCUUUAUGGUUUUAAGGGCUAGGGUUUGAUUUAAACACAAAGCACAUUGCUUUAGUCUGUUGACCGAAUUACUUCUAAUCCAGGUCAGAACCCUAGGUCCGUUUCAGCAAAGUGAUUAUAGAAUUACACAGGACCCUCACAGACAGCUAGCAGGCUCUGGUGACACUUAAGUUACAACCCCAGUUAAGUGAUGUCUACUCUUACUGGGGCAGGGAAAGGGAUCUUCAUUGGGGAUUCUGGGCAUGGAGGGAAAAAGUCAGCAUGCAGCACCUUACCUGGCCACUUGAGGUCACUAUUUCACCAGAGCUUAUUUGGAGAAGUAACAAAUAGGGAAGUCAAGUAACCUCGAACCUGAGCUGGACAGCUAAUAGCAAAUAGGGAACAUAACAAGAAGAAGUCGGCAUUCCUGGCUUGUCAUACUGCCUAUGUACGCUUUAGUAAAUAAUCAGUUCUUUUAUGAAUUAAGUCAGUUUUCAUACUGCAUGUAUUUACAAUUUGUAAUUAAAACAGACAAUACUA